CCCUGGGUGACUUUGUGCAAGUCACACUUUCUAUAUGGCAAACUUCCUCUGAAUAAAUCUUGCCCAAAAAAAUCCCAUCAUAGGGUUGUCAUUUAGUCACAGUCAACUUAAAUGCACCCUUUUGCUAAUGUAGACUGCUUGCUGUGAAUAAAAGCUUUCCUUUAAAGAUUUCCUUUUUUUCACAUUCUCUUCAUGUGCCUUUGCUUGGUGUGGACACAUAUUCUUGGAGGAUUCUACUUUCUCAUGAGGAAAGGUUUCUGCAGAGUCAGAGGUGGAGGAGAACAAUGGUCUCAUGAUUCAUUUAGCUUCUACAUUGAUGAGGCCUCUCCGGUUGGACCCGAGCAACCAGAAACUGUCCAGAAUUUUGUCUCUGUGUUUGGAACUGUGGCUAAAAAGCUGAUGAGGAAAUGGCUGGCAACACAGACAAUGAAUUUUACUGGUCAGCUGGGAGCUGGCAUACGGUAUUUUGAUCUUAGAAUCUCCACAAAGCCCAGAGACCCUGACAAUGAACUCUACUUUGCUCAUGGUUUAUUCAGUGCCAAAGUCAACGAGGGCCUUGAGGAGAUCAGUGCCUUUCUUGCCGAACAUCAUAAAGAAGUGGUCUUGUUGGACUUCAACCACUUCUAUGGGAUGCAGAAAUGUCACCAUGAAAAACUGGUCCAAAUGCUCAAAGACACUUUUGGGAGUAAAAUGUGCCCUGCCAUAUUUGCCCAUGAAGUUUGUCUCCAGUACCUCUGGGAGAAGGAUUAUCAAGUUUUGGUAUUUUAUCACAGCCCAGUGGCUUUGGAAGUCCCAUUUCUAUGGCCAGGACAGAUGAUGCCAGCACCAUGGGCAAACACAACGGAUCCGGAAAAACUGAUCCAGUUUCUUCAGACGUCAAUCAUUGAGAGAAGGAAGAAGGGCUCCUUUUUUAUAUCUCAGGUGGUGCUGACCCCAAAGGCAAGCACAGUGGUCAAGGGGGUUGCCAGCGGCCUCAGAGAAACAAUCACUGAAAGAGCCCUCCCUGCCAUGAUGCAAUGGGUCCGGACCCAGACGCCGGGUGAAAGUGGUAUCAACAUUGUCACUGCAGACUUUGUAGAACUGGGCGACUUUGUCAGCACAGUGAUAAAACUGAACUACAACUUGUACGAAGGGGAAGCUGGCACAACUUGAUAGUCCCAUCGUGUCUCCAGUAUGCUCCAAAGUGGAACUUUCUCCCCAACCCAGUUGUGUUAGGUUAGGUUGUAAUCUUGUGACACAGGUUUUGUAAGCACAUGCUGAAUAUAUAUAUAUAUCUAUCUUUUCUUUUGAAUGUACUGAGGACUUAGAAAGGAUAGGCACAAAAUGGAAAAGUGUUUUUUCCACUUGUUAUCAUUUUUUGACAUUAGUUUGCUCAUGUCUCAUGAAACGCAACCAGGUUUCAUUCAUAUGGCUGUCUUAAUCAAGAAAGCCAUUAGUAAAUAAUACGUCAGUAACCAAAUAUUUUUUGGUAAUUUUGAUGACCGUUCAUUAUUAUUAAGGCAUACCUUGUGGCCCUAUAUUGCCUUCUCUCUGUGAAGUAAGUUCUCAUCUUCAUAAGCAGAACCAUAAGCUAAGAUGGUAUUACUACUGUCAGGACACUUAGAAUAGUAGAACCAUAGAGAUAGAGGAAAUCGCAAGAACCAUCCAAUCCAAUCCCAUUCUGCUAUGCAGGAACACACUGUCAAAGUACACCAGUGUCCUACACAUAUUAAUGUUGCGCUAAUUGGUGGCAUCAGUUGUUCCCCCCCCCCCCCCCGGAAGGUAUAUGCCAUCUACAUUAAAGGUCAGCUAAAAUUAGAAAAGAAUUGCAGGUCCAACUAUUAGUGUACAGAUGUUAUGAACAUUUUCUGGAAAUUCUCAACAAUAUGCAGUUACGUUGGCUACCAUAAAUCCCAUAAUACACACAUUUUCAGUACAAGAACAGUAACUAAUAUAAAUUAUAGUGAAUAAGAGUUUAUGGAGCUGGUUGUGUUUCAGUUUUGCCUAAUCUUUGCACAACUAAUUUUACAACUGAUGAGCACAACCUUCACUGCUGCACUAGCAGCAGUCAUCAUUCCAUUAAGCUUAAAUUAGAUCUAAGCUUUGGAAUAUGCAUUAGAUUUUUAUUUUGAAAAGGAAAUCCCCGUUGUUAGUCUCUUGUUCUCUUGAAAGUGAUUGAACACCAUUUGUAGCCUUGAAUUUGUCAGAAGUCAAUAGAAACUAUCACUUGUAUUAAUUUGAUGCUUUCAGUGGGUCAAACCAUUACCUAUAAAGCGUGCUCAAUUUUUAUAUAUAGUGCAAUUCUAACUUCAAUGGCUCAGUGCUAUGGAAUCAUGGAAGUUGUAGUUUUACAAGGUCUUUAGCUAUUAUUUAUUUAUUUAUAUCCCGCUUUUCUCGCAUCUCAUUUCCAUCAAGGAAUGCUGGUUGUAGAUUUCUUCAUUGAAGAGUGCUGAUGCCUCUCUAAACUACAGCUCAUAUGACUCCAUAGAUUGGGCCAUGGCAGCUAAAGUGUAAUAAACUGUACUAAUUCUAGAUGCACUCCAAGUUUGGCUUCAGCUCACUGAUUUGUUUCCUCUUCUUGGAAAAUAAUGUUUACAUCCCAAAAGAAUGACUUUUUGUGUAACAGAGGCUAACAUUAAGUGCAGAGGCUGACAUUGUCCUAGCUCGCCCAAAACGAAAAAUAAAAAUAACACUUAUUCAGGAAUGAGAGAAAAUUGUUUUAUGUAAAGAGUAGAAUAGGUCAAUGUGCUGUUAAUAACCUUACAUUGUCAUAACCUUUCAUUGUCUGUGUGUAAUAAUGUAUGAUGAAAAAUACCACCUACGGCAUAUUUGACGGAA